CCGCCGCGUAGGAGUUUGUGUGUUGACAGAUCAGAGUAAGCAUGGCUGUAGCGUUCCAUAGCCGGUGCGGCGAUAGAGUGACGCUGAUAAAUAGUAAUAGAACAGCAGUCAGAAACUUUUCAGAGUUUAAUAACGGGUUGGUGCUGAGCAGUCAGCCUCUUGCAGACAAUCAGCUUUUUCAAGUUCGCAUUGAUAAGAAGAUAAACUCCUGGAGCGGAAGUAUCGAAAUUGGUGUAACAUGCUUGAACCCCGAGACAAUGGAAUUCCCAUCUACUGCGUCGGAGCUUCGAGGAGGAUCUUGGAUUCUAUCAGGGACUUCAGUGCUCAAAGACGGCCAGUCUAUCGUGGAGGUGUAUGGCGAAGACUUGGAGAAGCUGUCUGAAGGUGACUGCGUCGGGGUUAUGCGUACCUCAGAGGGUGAGCUGGUGUUCUACGUGAACGAGGAGUCUCAGGGGGUGGCCGCGAGGGACGUUCCGAGCGGCGUCUACGGCUUUGUCGACAUGUACGGGAAGUGUGCGCAGGUGACAGUCAUCGAUGACGACGACGAGACCCGCGGAGACUCUGACGACAGAUCCGACUUCGACGUUGAGCUGAGUGCGAGUUGCGGAACGUACGAGCCGACCGACGGGCAGCAGCAGCCAGCACUGGUGACGGACCUCGUCGUCAACAUGAACGUUGCCAACACUCGGCGCGACGUCAUCGCAUUCGAAGAGGAGUCGCCGCCGGCGUCCGUAGUCGCCGCGGAGGACGUGGAAGUGUCGCCCCCUCCAGACAGGUUGAGGUUCCACGAGCGCUGCGGCAGCCUGGUGCGCAUCUCCUGCGGCGGUCGCAGCGCGGAGAGGAGGCGGCCGCUCGACGAGUUCAACAACGGCGUCGUCAUGACGCACCGCCCCCUCCACGACGACGAGCUGUUCGAGAUCCGCAUCGACAGGCUGGUGGACAAGUGGUCCGGCAGCAUCGAGGUGGGCGUGACGACGCACGACCCGGCCGCCCUGGCGUUCCCCGCCACCAUGACGAACCUGCGCACGGGCACCACCAUGAUGUCUGGCAGCGGGAUCCUCACCAACGGGAAGGGCACGCGCCGCGAGUACGGCGAGUUCAACCUGGACGAGCUGUGGGAGGGCGACCGCAUCGGCAUGGUGCGCAAGGCGAACGGCAACCUGCACUACUUCAUCAACGGGCUGGACCAGGGCGUGGCCGCCAGCAAGGUGCCGUCCCGCGUCUGGGGCGUCGUCGACCUCUACGGGAUGACUGUCAAGGUUUCCAUCGUGGACAGAGACGAGCGGGAGGAGCAGAACCUGAUCACGCGGAGGAACACGACGCAGCGGUCGCAGGCCGCGCUGCACAGCCUCAACGAUCUGCCCGAGGAGGACAACGUGGACCGGCUCAUGUUCCACCCGAACUGCGGCACGCACGCCGCCGUCAUCAACAACCACAGGACGGCACACAGGCCGCAUGCGAUGGACGACUUCAACAAUGGCGUAGUGCUGACGAACCGGCCGCUGCGGCCGGGAGAGCUGUUCGAGGUGCGGCUCGACAAGAUGGUGACCAAGUGGGCCGGCUCCAUCGAGAUCGGCGUAACGAUGCACAGCCCCGCGGAGCUGGAGUUCCCCUCCACGAUGACCAACGUGAGGUCCGGGACGUGGAUGAUGACGGGGAACGGAGUGAUGCACAACGGGUCGACCGUCAUCCACGAGUACGGCCAGAACCUGGACCGGCUGCAGGUGGGCGACCGCGUGGGCGUGAUGCGCACGGAGGAGGGCACGCUGCACUUCUUCGUCAACGGCGUGGACCAGGGGAGUGCGGGGGCGGGCGUGCCGGAGCAGGUGUACGGCGUGAUCGACCUGUACGGGCAGGCGGUGCAGGCGACCAUCGUCGACCCUGCCCUGGAGCACAUGUGCCGCUCCGCCUCGGACACCACCUUCAGCACCACCAACCGCACCGACGCCGCCGCGGCCGGUGACGGAGACGGCACCGCCUCGUACAGUGACCUGCGCUUCCGGCACUCACACGGCAAGAAGGCGAGGCUCUCCAACGGCGGCACGACGGCGUCGCGGCCCCGCGCGUUCGGGGAGUUCAACGAUGCCAUCUUGGUGAGCAACCGCCCGCUGAGGGACGACGAGAUCUUCGAGGUGGUCGUGGAGAAGACUGUGGACUGCUGGCUCGGUUCCAUAGAAGCCGGGGUAACGUCCGUACGGCCAGACGAGCUGGAGCUACCGUGCACGAUGACGGACCUGGAGCACGGGACGUGGAUGCUGUCUGGCAGCAACGUCAUGGUGGACGGCGUCGUGCUGCGCAAGGACUACCCUUGCGACCUGGACGAGGUGGUCGUCGGCAACAGAGUGGGUAUGGCGCGGCACUCGGACGGCACGCUGCACUUCUACCUGGACGGGGUGGACCGCGGGGCGGCGUGCGGCGGCGUGCCCCCGGGCGUGUACGCCGUCAUCGACCUGUACGGCCAGUGCGCGCAGGUGUCCAUCGUGCAGCCGGAGCGGCCGGCGGGGGCCGCGGCGGGAGCCGCUCCCGGGAGGCUGGCGCUGCCUGACCGCCCCCACCAGCUGACAACGGAGACGACUCCGACAACCGUGGGCGGCGGCAACGCGAGCGAGACGCUGGGCCCGAGCAGCCAGACGGCGGUGCCCGCCGACUCCUGCCACAGGUUUGGCGCUGUCAGCGGGAAGAACGUGGUACUACGGUCUGGGGGCACAGUCGCCACCCGACUGCGUGGCUACUCGCACGCCCUCGUGUUUUCUUCCGACCCCCUAGAACCCGAUGAGACAUUCGAGAUCUGCUUGCGCGAGCUGGCCCCCCACUGGUCGGGCACCGUGCGGCUGGGUGUGACGACGCUGCUACCCACGAUGUCCGCAUCUGGCUCCGGCUCCGGAUCUGGAUCCGGUGGUCCCGGCUGCCCGCCUGUCGCUGCCCUGCCGGCGGUCAGCGCCGACACUUGGUACCUCAUACGCAACGAGGUGCAGAAGAACGGGCGCACGCUGCAGCACUGCUACUGCCCCAGCCUCGAGUGGCUGACGGUCGGCGACCGCGUGGGAGUCCGGCGCGCUGCCGACGGGGCCCUCAGCUUCUCCCUCAACGGCGAGGACGUGGGCGUCGCCGUGCCGUACGUGCCGAAGAAAGUCUACGCGGUGGUGGACCUGUACGGCAAGGCGGUGUCGGUGGCGGUGACGAGCGUGGGUGGGCGCGUGGGUGCGGUCCCCGCCUCUCCCGGCCCGGUCGGCGUGCCGCCCCUCGCCGCCGGCAGCGGCGGGCCGGAUGACAGCCUGCGCUCCAGCCGGCUGCACGACUCACUCGAGAUCCUCCUGGACACCGCCGAGCCGGCGCAGCCCGCGGCCGGCAGGGCUCCACUUGAACCGACGGGGUCGGAAGGCGACACCUGCGAAGACGUCCCGGUCGUCAGGGAAGCUGCGGCGGACGACGGCGCCGCGGAGCUGGCAGUGGGCGCCGCACCGCCAGAGGACCGCUCGGAGAGGACGAAGGGCUCCGGCGGCGUGUCGUCGUCUGACAAGGGCCAGCUGUCCUCCCGACAGGGCCAGUCGGACGCCGAGGCGGAGAGCCUGAUGUCUUUCUGGAGCGAGCGCUUUGGUCGCAACAUCGAGCUGGGGCCCGGCGGGCGGACGGCACGCCGCACGGCGUCCUACAACCAGGGGCUCGUCGUGUCGGACCGCCAGCUGCCGCGGGACCAUGUCUUCCAGGUCCGCAUCGAGGCGACGGACCCGCGCUGGGUGUCGUCGCUGCUGGUCGGGGUGACGGCGCGCUCGACGCACUUGCCCGUAACCGCCCUCGGCCUCGGGAAGGACACGUGGGUCAUCUGCGGCGACUUCGUGCUCAGGAACGGCAUCCCGAUCCGAGGGCAGUACGGCCCCAACUUGGACUCGCUGGGAGUGGGGGACGUGGUGGGCGUGUCGGUGGACGCGGCCGGCCGGCUGCACUUGUGGGUGAACGGAGCGGACCAGGGAGUCGCCGCUCAAGACCUGCCCGCGCACUUGCACGCCCUCGUCGACGUGUACGGCCAGUGCCAGCAGGUCCGCGUCGUCGGCGGUCCGGGCGAGAGCGCCACGCCCGAUGAGGCUCCCGCCCUGCCGCUCGGCACGGAGGAGGACGACGGCGCGGAGGCGGUAGCCGCGGCCGAGCAGGCGGCGGCAGGGGUCGGCCCGCCCGCGGCUGCCCAGGCGGCGGCCGCAGCCUACAUCGCACAGGUGGACGACGCGGAGGACCGGGACGGCCUCAGCGAGAAGGCGGACCUGGAGUGCGACGAGAAGGAGAAGGUGGAGGCGCAGGCCGAGGCGAAGCGCGGGGCCGGUGCACAGCAGGACGAGGAGCUCUUCGCGAGUGGCACAGACCCGCCGGCGUCGCUGUCGAACUCGCGGGCCCCGGCGUCUCCGCCGCGCUCGCUGCCCGCCACCCUGUCGGACAACGACGUGGCCAACGGGCAGCUGAAACAGCAGCAGCAGCAGCAGCAGCAGCUGCACGGUUCGGCGCCGGUCAUCACACCGACAGCCGUGGCGAAGAAGUCGGCGCCGCCGUCGCCCAUCAGCGACAACUCUGUCAGCCAGCAGCAGCAGCACGGCAAAAUCGUCACACAGGUGUCCGGAGGGACUGCCUCGCGGCGCGCCACGCCGGCCUCGACCCCGGGCGGCGGCGGGCUGGACAGCUGGGCGGCGGGCACGCCCCCCGCCGGCACCCCGGCUGCGUCCGCGGCCGCCCCCACGUCCGCCAGCUGCCCGUCCUCCGGAGGCGGCCGACUCUGUGCGCCCGCGUCAGCGACCGCCCCGCCGUCCGCCCCCACCAGGAAGUGCGACUACCACACGGUGUGCGCGCGCUUCCGCAGCUUCCUCGGCUUACCAGACGGCUUCUUCCUGCCGGGCGACGCGGGCUCCUGCUUCUGCGAGCAGUGCGUGCGCCGGCUGCGGCCGCCCUCCCCGCCGCCCGGCCUGACCGUCCGCCGCAAGUCUUGCGUGGCGGCGGCGCCCGCGGCAGCGUCCGCUGCUGGUACGCCGACUGGGGCGUCCGACCCGGCCGUUCCCGCCGCACCGGCAGCGGUGGGGACCGGCACUGUGGACGCCGGCUCCGGGACGGCGGUCGCGGACGUGGCCGCCUUGCAGUCUGCCGAGAUACUGCUGCAGAUAGCUGGCUGGUGCAGGUUCCCCCUGAAGAGGCGGCCGAAGCCGUCUCCCCAGGAGGGCGGCGACAGUGCGGGCGCGCCGCCGCAGCAGCUGUGCGCGGGGUGGCACGUCGCCUUCUGGGGCGCGCGCCUCGGCGACGUGCGGCAGGUGCUGGACCGCGGCGAGCUGCUGCUGCCAGGUGAGCUGGGCCUGCAGCGGAUGCGGGACAAGUCGGACUCCGAGGGCUCGCAGCUGGUCUUCUCUCCGGACAUCCGACACGCCGUCAGCAAGACGUUGCCCUGCCGCAAGAAGUCAGAAUUCCUGGACCCCAAGACGCGGCAGCGGUACCGUGCGUGGGCGGCGUUCCAGGUGCUGGUGCAGCCGGGGACGUACAAGGUGUCGGCUGCGCGGGCGCCAGCCCAGGCGGAGGCGGAGGAGUGGGUGACCAAGGAGCGCGGCACGACUGUUCUGUCGGCGCUGCUGCUGCGGCUGCGCCCGGCCGACGACGACGCGGCGCCCGCCACGUCCGCCGAAUGCCGCGGCUGAGCCAGGCCGUACUGCGCUCCGCUCUCCCGCUCUCGCCGGUUUACGCUUUCUCUUACCACGCCAGUAUUUGCAGACACCGCCCCUCCCGACAGGGCACGCCGACCGUGCCGUCGCACGAGGCUACGUGUGGCGGGGGCGGGGUCGGCGUUUAGCUUCCGGCCUAACUGCAGUUGCCGCGCUCACCUGUACGAGCACGCCGAGCACUCCGCCUGGAGGUGUAUCUGGUGACUGGGAAGACCGGACAGCUGAAAUAUGUACCUCGAUGCCUCGAUACGGACUCGAAAUAAUGAAGAGUGAGGUAUGACGAUCCACCCCCGCCCGAUUCUCUCCCACUGAACUGUGCACGUGGAAAUGUUUCCUCGUCAUUCGAUAUACGUCCAUAAGGGUCUCUUAUAAUUUUGUUUUCGUGUGCCUCUUUACAGAUUUACGAUAAGAGACAUUAUUUAAAACAUAACGCAGUUUACUAAAAUGUAGACUUUCAGGGCCGGAAAUAUCGUGUCCGUUAUAAUUAUCCGGACUGUUAAGCUGUGGUCGGUUGACGAAUUCUGUGUCAGUUCCCAACGUUUCGUCUCUGACUGCGGGAGACGUCUUCGAGGGGGUCCGUAGCUCGCUACUGACUGAGCCGGUGGGUGUGUCGGACCUUCCGUCGAGCUAUGGACCCCCUCAAAGACGUCUCCUGCAGUCGGAGACGAAACGUUGGGAAUUGGCACAGAAUGCGUCAACCGACCACGGCAUAACAGCCCGGAUAAUUACAAUGGACAUGAUAACACAGUUAAUGAACAGCUAGCAGGCUUGAGGGGGUCUAUAUGAAUGGGAAGACUGACUACACUUUACUAAAAGGUGAGAAAUGUAUGACUUAGUGUGUUAGAACAGAAGUGGAAGAUAUAUGCCCUCUAUGAGUUUAGAGAGAGAUACAAUCACACCAGCCUAAAGAAAAAAAAAGGUGUGCAUGAGUGUGGCCUGCACCCCCCCCCCCCUUCCUCUCACACACACACACAUACACACACACACACACACACACACA